GCGGUCGGGCGGGUGUCGGCUUGGGGCUGGGCGCGGCCCGCGGCUCGAGUCGGGUCUCCACGCGCCCCAUUCGGAACCAAGCUCCGGCCCGCGGCGCCAUGGGGAACUGCCACACCGUGGGGCCCAACGAGGCGCUGGUGGUCUCAGGGGGCUGUUGUGGUUCCGACUAUAAACAAUAUGUGUUUGGCGGCUGGGCCUGGGCCUGGUGGUGCAUCUCCGACACACAGAGGAUUUCCCUAGAGAUUAUGACGUUGCAGCCCCGUUGCGAGGACGUAGAGACGGCCGAGGGGGUAGCUUUAACUGUGACGGGUGUCGCCCAGGUGAAGAUCAUGACGGAGAUGGAGCUCCUAGCUGUGGCCUGCGAGCAGUUCCUGGGCAAGAAUGUACAGGACAUCAAGAACGUCGUUCUGCAGACACUGGAGGGCCACCUGCGCUCCAUCCUUGGGACUCUGACCGUGGAGCAGAUUUAUCAGGACCGGGACCAGUUUGCCAAGCUGGUACGGGAGGUAGCGGCCCCCGAUGUUGGCCGCAUGGGCAUCGAGAUCCUCAGCUUCACCAUCAAGGACGUGUACGACAAAGUGGACUAUCUGAGCUCCUUGGGCAAGACCCAGACUGCUGUGGUGCAAAGAGAUGCCGACAUUGGGGUGGCUGAGGCUGAGCGGGACGCAGGCAUUCGGGAAGCCGAGUGCAAGAAGGAAAUGCUGGACGUAAAGUUCAUGGCAGACACCAAGAUUGCUGACUCUAAGCGGGCCUUCGAGCUACAGAAGUCAGCCUUCAGCGAGGAGGUCAACAUCAAGACAGCCGAAGCCCAGCUGGCCUAUGAGCUCCAGGGGGCCCGAGAGCAGCAGAAGAUCCGUCAGGAAGAGAUAGAGAUCGAGGUGGUGCAGCGCAAGAAGCAGAUUGCUGUGGAGGCACAGGAGAUCCUGCGAACAGACAAGGAACUCAUCGCCACUGUGCGCCGCCCCGCUGAGGCUGAGGCCCACCGCAUCCAGCAGAUUGCAGAGGGAGAAAAGGUGAAGCAGGUCCUCUUGGCACAAGCAGAAGCUGAGAAGAUACGCAAAAUCGGGGAGGCGGAGGCAGCAGUCAUCGAGGCCAUGGGCAAGGCUGAGGCCGAGCGGAUGAAGCUCAAGGCUGAGGCCUACCAGAAAUAUGGAGAAUCUGCCAAGAUGGCCUUGGUGCUGGAGGCACUGCCCCAGAUUGCAGCCAAAGUGGCUGCCCCCCUCACCAAAGUCGAUGAGAUCGUGGUUCUCAGCGGAGACAACAGCAAGGUGACAUCUGAAGUGAACCGGCUGCUGGCCGAGCUGCCUGCCUCCGUGCAUGCCCUCACUGGCGUUGACUUGUCCAAGAUCCCCCUGAUCCAGAAGGCCACCGGUGCUCAGGUGUGAGACGUCCAUGGGAAGCCCCCUUCAGCAGUCUCUGUGCCACGGGGACAACCGGAGCGCUGCUGACUCUGGUGCCUUAUUUUGUAGGGACCAGAAGUGCAUGUUGAGGCCAUCUCUGGCUGUCUCCCCUUCUCUUCUCCGCCCACACCCUCUCUGUCACUGCCAUGUUCAUCUUGUUCAUCUUUUCCACCCUCAACUCCUUGGGUUUUAUUCCCCUCUUCCUGUGUUUGUCUCUUUCCUUCCACCCUGUACACUCAUCAUGUAGUCGAAGCUGAAGAAUUUUCUUCUAAUCACUGUCCGUCUCGGGGGAUGGCACUGCCGCUCCUAACAAUCCUGGUGCCUUGAAGUUCUCUGUGCAUCUGCUCAUUCUCCCCAUCGUACUGGCCAGCACCCACCUUGGGUCCAGGGGUUCUGGGAAAGUCAGCACCCUCCUCUCUCCUGGCCCGGUCUCCCUGGCCCUAAAUUCAGCCCCUAGAACCCAACUACCCUAGUCUUAUCCCUACGGGGAAAGUGGCUAUAGCUGCAGGCCAAGAAAGGGGAAUCCCCCUUCCCUUCAGCUGUACUGCCCAGACCUGCUCACACCCCCUACCUCUUCCUGUCCAUUCUCUGUGGCACGGAGGCAAGGCUUCCUAAUUUCUGUACCCCCACCCCCUGGUUUACUACUGCCUUACGAGGGCCCUGCAUGUGCUCAGGGAAGUCCCCUUCAUGGACAUGUCCCUGCGGGGGGAGGGGCUCAGUCCUAAUUCUGCGCAGCCUUUCUAGAAUGGGGGGUACCCCUGUGGGGGACUAGAAAGUGUUUAGACCCUCCUGCUAGGACUGCAUCUUCCCAAGUGUCUGUCCCUUCUGGUGAGCAAGGCUGUCCUGACACAGUGCUGUUGACUGGCCAGUCACUGGACUCCAGCCAGUCCUCUCUCUCCUUGUUCUAGUGGAGUCAGAGAGCCCAGGACUCAAGCAUGGUGGCAGGGAGUUAUGGGGUAGCCAUUGAGCCCAGCCCCUCAUCCCUGGCCUUGCCCCAGCCUAUGUAGCUGUUCUGCAUGUGGAUGCUGCAUGUCUGGUCUGGGGCUUGGAUGCUGCACUGCCCCACUGCCUGACCCUUAUGGUAAAAUAAAUAUGUUAUGCCCUCA